CGCAGGCCGACGGGCAGCAGGCGGGAGUGGAGGAUGCUGGGAACUGUAGUUCUGCCCUAUCGCCACCUGCACCCGCCUGACUGCUCCAGGACUGGAAGAUAAGACUCCACCCCGCCCACUGAGGUGGGUCCUACGGCAAAGCAAUGUUUUUACCCCAUUCUUGGAACCUGCUUCUUCGAAGUGAAGAGCCUUUGGGUGAAAGCAGAGAGGGAAAACAGCAUUUGAAAGGCUUUUUGCUGCAGUGAGAAGAUGCAGGACAAGAGUGACUUAAAGAAGAGAUUCUUUGCCUUGUAGUUCACCACGGUUUAACAUCCCAUUCCUGUUGCAUGCAGCCAGCAUGUCAGCCCUUGCCAAGGAAGUUCACAGGUACCCAGUUGACUCAUGGGCAGGCUCCGACAGGCCACACCUUUUGCUGGAAACCUACAUAACAACAAUGGAAGAAGGAAGGUGUCCUUCUUUGGCUGCUUGCCCACACAUUGGAGCCUGUUACUUUGGGAUUCCAGCAUAUAUAGAAGACCAGCUGAGACUCAGCCUUGUGGGACUCAGCAACUACUAGAUUCUUGGAGUUUCCAUUCACAGCUAACCAUUGCUGGAAUGCAGCCUGCCUACCGCUUCACUGUUGGCAAGACAAUGCCUCCUUUUGCCCAGUUCUUUGAAAAACAGGCUGACAACAAGAGGGAAGUUGCAGAUCAACUCCUAAGACAGCUAUGGAAACGUAAGAUCCCUGUGAAUAGGAUCUGCCCUCCAAUUCACAAGAAGCCUAAUAUGAAUGAAAUAACCACUCCUAUACAAGCCAUAACAUUAGCCCAGGAGCUGGAAAAAACAUUAACACAGAACCUGAAAGAGCUAAAGAAUCUAGCUACUAGACAUCGUGAAACUGAUCUCGAAAAGCUUGUGAAACCAUUUCUCAACACACAGAGUACAAAUGAACAGUAUCUGAAAAAUCAACAUACUUCUCUGGAAGGAGCAAAACCGAAGGAACAAAAGAAACCACGGCUUGAAAAGCCGUCUACCUCAUCAGGUGCAGGGAUUUAACCUCGAAGGGUAAAGAAGCAAGUUGGGGAUCACAAAGUCAGUGAUUUGAGAACCUUCAUUGCUUCAUAUUGCUGAAGACUGCUUUCCUUUCCAUUUUCCUAAUGCUCAU